CUGAGGCAGGUAGAAUUACAAGACCUGUGAGUAACGACAGCUCUCCUGCGUGGUACAACAGGAGAACAAGACACCUAUUUGCAGUUUGAGUUGAUAGUAGAUUAAUUACGGUUUACUCUGAGCAUUGCCUCGCUUUUGUCACGUUCUAACUGAUGUUUGAAGGGCAUCUCGGUGUUGUAGGGGAGCUACCUGAAGCCGGAACUUCGAAGCGGACGGUGUGUGGAAAGCCGGGCACUUUAUUGGCAUCCCAGCGGGUGAUGCCAUCAUCAUGCCAGGAGAGGAGAGCCCCCCUGCAUCCGCGCCCAUCACCCUGGAGACCAGCACCCUAACACCCGUACCCAUCACCCUGGAGACCAGCACCCUAACACCCGUACCCAUCACCUGGGAGACCAGCAGCCUAACACCCGUACCCAUCACCUGGGAGACCAGCACCCUAACACCCGUGCCCAUCACCCGGGAGACCAGCAGCCCAGGGUCCAGAGACCUGGAUGGGACACUGCCACCCUCCUCCUCCCCCCCUCCGCUCCACCCUGAAAGGCUGGACCUGUACCUGGAGCCCACCAGGGCACUGAGCCAGCCGGACAGCCCAAAGGAGUGGCCCUGGCCUGGGCCCCUGUGCCAGGAUGGGUCCCUCUCUCUGGAGGGCCAGCUGGAGCGGCGCUGGCUGCAGUGGUAUGAGUUUAUGACCGAUCGUUCUCACCUGGAGGACUGGCUCCAAAGGGCCGAACAGACGGCCGCCGCCCCUAACACCUGUCACGUCCCACACGCUGUCGCCAAGGAGGAACUCAACAAGUUCCAGGCCCUGCAGGCUGAGUGUCAGACUCGCGUGGCCCAGCUGGACUCUCUGACCCUGCGGAGUCGCUCCCUGCUGCGCCUCUUUGACGGAGCCAUGCGGGCACGGCUGGUUGCCAUGACGAAGGACUGCAGCCAGCGCUGGGACCGCCUCACCGAGGCUGUCGAGUGCAUUUGCCGACGGCUACGGCACUGCGUGUCCCAGAGGGAGGCGUUUGACCGCCAGCGGGAGGACAUGGGCGUUUGGCUGGCGGACAUGGACCUGCAGCUGACCGAGGUCGAGCACUGCUCCACCAACACUACCCUCACCAAGAUGCACCAGCUCCAGAGCUUCCAGGAGGCUGUGGCGGAGAACGCAUCGCGCCUAAGUGGACUCCUAGAGUUGGGCGAGGCUCUGAUCCAGCGCAGCGAGCCGUGCGACGCCCAGACCAUCGAGAGUCAGCUGCAGGAGCUGCUCCUCUACUGCGCACACGUGUUUGAGGGAGUGGGCCGUCUACACACACGCCUGCUCAGUAUGAGACUGGUGUUUGAGGAGGACUGGGCUUUGGCUUCACAUGUGGACUCCGGGUGCCCGUCAGAAACGCCCCCUGAUGACGAGGAGCCCUGUGAUUGGACGAGCCCCUCCAAGCCCAAGGCCGGCCCUGUCCACUCCUCUCCGGACCACCUCCUGCUGGAGUGGGACCCUUCAGUGGACAUUGGCGGCUCCGUAUCCCACGACGACGCAGACUCCUGCUACUUCAGCACCAUCACAGGCGGGACUCUGGUGGAGGAACUUCUGGACCGAAUCACCGCUGGCAGGAGGAAAUCUCGCCUGAGCUCCAACGAUCCUUGCCAGCAUGCAGCACCCAAGGAGACUUAUCAGACUGACUCGAGCUACUUCCUCCUCACACAGGUGUGUGCGAGCAGAGGUGAGGGCACCGUGCCAGUCCCACGAGCACCUGCGAUUACUCCCUCAGGCCUUAGUGACUGCAGCAGUGGCAGUGAUGGUGGUAGUGAUGGUGGCAGCAUCCACGAGCGACAUGCCCUACGCCACACCUCCACCCCCGCCCCCGCUGGACCCGGGCGCGCUCCAGAGCCGGUGACCUAUGACCCGGAGCGCAUCAGCGCGUGGCUGGGUCAGGCGGGGUGCCACGUUGCCAAGGCACCCGAGAGAGGGCCCUUCUCCAAGUCUGUCCAAACGGAGGACAUUUUGGAGGACCAGGCAUGUGCCGCCCUCCACACCCCCAUCCAGCCAGCCAUGUCACGUGACUUCUUGCUCCACUCUGAUUGGACGAGCCCCUCACAUCCCUCCCAGUCACAGCGUCUGGAGGAAGGCCCCUUCUGCCCUGACCAUCAGGCGGAUGAAGAGGAAGAGGAGGAGGAGGAGGAGGAGGAGGAAGAAGAGAGGCCCCUUCUGAAACCCUGUGCCUCCUGGUGGUCGGAGGUCUCCGCUGCGCGGCUGCGAGAGGUUCCCAGGGUCCUGUUUGUGCUGCUCGGCUUCCUGCUGGUCGUCCUGCUGGGGCUCGGAGUGGCCGCCUGGUACCCCGAGGUGGCGUGUCACCGUGCCAACGGACAGACGCGCUCCUUCCACCUGGCACUGCGCUAUGUCAAUGGACCCCCGCCCACCUGAGGGGAGAGGGCACCAAUCACACACACACACACACACACACACAUACGUGUGUGUGUGUGUGUGUGUGUGUGUGUGUGUAAAUGUAAAAGCAUCUGGGGAAGUAACCAUAAUCAUCAGAUAAGAUGCCAUGCCUUUUCAAACCAAUAACAUUUAGGCCCCACCUGAGCCAAAUCCUCUCCACAACCCCCCCCCCCCCCCCUCUCUUUUGUAGAAGAACCACUAAGCUAAGGUAGCACUUAAAUAUUGGAUAUGUGCAUGUUCAAUAUGUAUGACCGUAGAUAAGCUGAUUAGGUAGCGGAAAUUAUAUAGAGGGGGCUGAAUGAAUGUAAUGCGCUAUAGCACUGAGCUGCAGGGUAGGAAAUAGCUGGUGUCAUUUCAUUUCCAAAGGGAACCUGCAGGUGCAACUACAGAGCUGUAUAUCACCCUUCUCAAACAUGUGUCAAUAGAUGUCAAUAAAUAAAUGUCAAUAAAUCAUUUUAUAUGGUAGUCCAACAGGAAUACUAUUGUUUAGUGAUCAGAUAUCUUGUGCCUUCCACAUAAUGACCUUUGGAUGAGAUUUGCAGUUUGGCAGUGUACACUGAAAAAGAAGUAUGUUCCCUUCUAUGCAGGGUGUGUAUAGACAGGCUUUGUCAUUUCUAAAAUAUGUCUGUAUGAAUUAUUUUGUGUGUGUGUGUGCGUGUGUGCACACAUCUGUGUAUUAUUGCUGUAAUAUUUUUGUUUGUUUGGUUUUGUUGGUCCACAGCCUGGGGCAUGUAAGACUCAGUCUGCCCUCACAUAACACCAAAGAUUUCUGCCUAAAGCCAAUGGUAACCACCUCAUAUAUAAUGCUGUUCUGCACCCCUAAAGUGUGUGUGUGUGUGUGUGUGUGUGUGCGUGUGUGUGUGUGUGUGUGUGGUUUUGGGAAUGCAUGUUUAACACUUCAAAUCAGUAGUUCAAAUGUAGCAAUGCUUUUUGAAACCAAGAAACAAAACAUUUAUCCUAGAAAUUUAGAAACCUUUAUUUGUUUUAAUAUCACAAAUAAAAAGACAAGCAUAAGAGAAA